AUGAGAGAAAAAAGUGCAAGUGCAAGGCAGGCUUGCCCAACAUCACCUGCUCAAAAUCCACGGACUCGGGCGUCACGAGAUGUGGCCAUUCAGGCCCAGAGUUGUAUCAGCACCAUGGCUAGCUGGGGAUUGCAACUCAGAAGUGACACGGAGGUGGGAAGAUCUGAGACUUGCGUCUUUACAGCGCCGAGUCUGAACGUUCCCCAGAUGAGAGGUCCUCCAUCCAAUACUGACAGUGCGGGCAUCAAGCUUGGGAGGUUACGCGGUGCUCAGACUCAACGGCCAUCGCGCGACUCGGAAGCUCCCGAGAGCCCCAGUUGGUGGCCAUCACCCGGGAUGCGGCUGGCGUCACCGGUGAGAUCGCAAACAAAGAGUGACGACAUCUCUCCGGAGCGUUCACCAGCCCUGGCCCUGUCCAGAGCCAAAGGAGCUUUGGGAAAGAGGCAGCUUCAGGCGAGAGCUUCAGGCGCAUCCACCUCGGACAUCGCGUCGAGGCUUCGGCAUAGUGAGCCAGUGGUUCGUCAGGCAGCAGUAGCAGCACUGGGUGCUCUGGGAGAUGUGGAGCAGGCUGGUCAAUUAGCUAAGCUGCUGCAGGACAGCGAUGCAGGUGUUCGGAAGGCAGCGGCUCUCGCAUUAGGUAAUUUGGGGCAGUCAGCAGCGGUCUACACAGAUGCAUUGCUUUCAGCUUCUCAGCAUGACUAUGAUGAUGAUGUUCGCUUCCAUGCGGCUGUAGCAUUGGGAAUGCUGAAAACGGCUUUGCAUCACUCCUACGGCUAG